CGCUUCCCCCGACGGCGACGGCGGCGGCGGCGGCGGCGGCGGCGACGGCGGCGGCGGCGGCCCGGGCGCGGCAUGACGGCGCCGCUCGCGCUCCCCCCGCGCUGGCCCGACGGGCUCGUGUGCCGCUGCGAGGACGCCCCGCAUGACAAGGGCCGCCCGCGCCCCGCCAUGGAGGCGCUGGGGCCCUGCCGGGAGAUGCUGCCGCCGCCGGGGCUCGGCCCCCCCCCGCCGCCGCCGCCGCCGCCGCCGCAAGCGGGCGGCUACGCGGAGCUGGCGCCCGCCGAGCCCCCCCGGCAGUGCCCGUCGGCCGCCGCUUCCAGCGCCGCGCUGGGCUACGGCUACCCCUUCGGCGGCAGCUACUACGGCUGCAGGUUGUCCCACUCGCACGGCGUGAACCUGCAGCAGAAGCCCUGCUCCUACCACCCGGGCGACAAGUACCCCGAGGCCGGCGGCGGCCCCCUGCCCAGCGAGGAGCUCCCGUCGAGGGCCAAGGAGUUCGCCUUCUACCCGGGCUUCGCCAGCUCCUACCAGGCGGUGCCCGGCUAUUUGGACAUGUCCGUGGUGCCGGCGCUCGGCGGCCACCCGGAGCCGCGGCACGACGCUUUGCUUCCCAUGGAAGGCUACCAGCACUGGGCUCUUUCCAACGGCUGGGACGGGCAAAUGUACUGCUCCAAAGAGCAAUCGCAGUCGGCGCAUCUCUGGAAAUCACCUUUCCCAGACGUGGUGCCCCUGCAACCCGAAGUGAGCAGCUAUCGGAGGGGCCGGAAGAAAAGGGUCCCUUACACGAAAAUCCAGCUGAAAGAGCUGGAGAAAGAGUACGCGGCCAGCAAAUUCAUCACCAAAGAGAAGCGACGGAGGAUUUCGGCCACCACCAACCUGUCCGAGCGGCAAGUGACCAUCUGGUUCCAGAACCGGAGGGUCAAGGAGAAGAAGGUAGUGAGCAAAUCCAAGACAGCGCAUCUCCACGCGACCUGACAGAGGACGAUGUCGGCGGGGAGGGCAAAGAAAGCGAGCGAGAAGCAGAAAUAUUUAUCCGGUAGUUGGUCUCACCGCAUCACUGGACCUCUGCUGAUUGGAAAUUAUUUAAAAAGGCGACAUUAAAAAAGCACACACACACUCAAAUACGCGACGCAUCUUUGAUUUAUCCCUCUGUCCCAUUCGCUGACUGUGAAUACCCGGUUCUUGCGCUGAGAAAUCCGUUGAUGAGGUUCAGCUGUGUAUAUUUUUAAAAAUAAUAAGCUAAAAGUGUAGUUACGUUAAAGGAGAUGAACUCUGAGUGUCACCUUGUAACGCUGUAUAGCCCGAGCCCCUCUGCAGUGAUGAGUCUUUCAUAUCUUUGGCCGUUUCACACACUGAUGUAAAAUGUAUGGAGAGCAAAGUUGCAUCAGCUUUGUCUUCUUUCAUCACUAGGGACUGAAAAAAAACAGAUAAGGCUGCUAUUGUGGGAAGAAAAUCGUUCCUCUGUAUCACUUCAAACUAACGAGCACUAAUUUAGGUCACACACGAAAGUGAGCUCCUAUACAAUCCUAUUUUUGGCCUCUUCUCAUGAGGGUUUAUCUUUCUCUGCCGUAAAACUGGAAUGUCUGUCCUCCGCUGACAAUAUGGAAAAUGCACAGUAUUGUCUUUGGGUUUUGUUUUGUUCCUUUUCCCUCUCUAAAUCGACUAAUUAUCAACAGUGUUCUUUCGAUAUGUAAAAGCAUCAUUUUUUUAAUGUCUUGUAUAUGUAUAUAAUAUUGUGGUGUCCAGAUGAGAUGUACCGAAUGCGAGAUUACAUUUCCUAAAAAUAAAUAGCGCUUUUUUUUCCUUUUUUUGGCCUGGAGAAAGGGCGGCCGCCAACUGUUUGUGCCCCUCUUUGUGCGCCCGCACCCGAGCAGCGCAGCCCUUUUCCUUUUUAAUUCCUCCCGGGACCCUCUUCGGGGCUCCUGCUCCUCACCCGAUUGCAAAUACAGCCUAAAUUAUAAGCUCAGCCUGGCAGGUCGCCCAAAGGAGCGGAGGACCCUGAAGAUUUGGGGAGAAAAGAGAAAUAAAAGGGACCCCCAAAUCGGGCGGAGGAUGCGGGGCGCAGAUGCGUGUGCCCCAAGGCGGGCUGCUUCCCACGGUGAGUAGAAAGGAAAAAAUAAAUAAAGACGCGGAGGCUGAGCCCAGCCAAGGCAAGCUUUUUUUUCCCCUUUUUUCUUUUUGGCCUUAUUUUCCCCAGCUCCGCAAUUAUCCACCCGAGCAGAGUGAAGGCGCGAUGACUUUCCGGAGACGCUUCUAAUCUCCUUAAAUCUCCCGGGUGCGAGAGGGAUCUGGCUCAAAGGAUGCUUUUUGCUAAACCUGUUUGACUCGGCUCCGGCCCCAGAUAAAAAUCUCGGCAGCUGCCUCCGCGCCCGCGGAGCCGCGGCUUAUUGUUUCCAUAGGCGCACUGCGAUCGACCUUAAUAUCUUUUAGAUUGACCCACCUCGUUAAAGGAUCAAAUAAAAAAAAAAAAGUGGGUGAGCGGCUUUUAAAAUUAUAUAUCCAAAACCAAUGAUAUUGCUGCUGAAAUUUGCGUUGAACGCGUGGGAAUAUUUACACGAGGGGGGGGAGAAGCAAGCGAUAUAAAGUCAUCCGGGGAAAAAUCAGCAUGAUUGUCUGCAUAAAUACGCGUAUAGAUCCGCUAGUUGUUAAAGUUCUUGUGCAGAAGUGCGUGCGCGUGCAAAUAUAUAUGUCCAAAUAUAUAUAUUUGCUCCAGCGCAUAUAAUGGAGUGUGCAUAUAACCGCGUGCGACCGUUGCUUUGAACGGUUUGGGCAUCGGUAUACAUGCAUAAUAUAAAUGUAAGCCACAUGUAUGCGUGUGAAGCAUAGCGGUGUGCAUGUAAUUUAUAUAAGUCUGUGUAUUAAAAGGAUCUGCGUAA